AUAAAAGGAAAACAAGAAACCAGAGAAUCACAGUCUUCUUGUUUCUCUCUCAUCCCCUUAUAGUUUCAAAUUCAAUCUCUUUUCCCUUUAGCUGUCUCUGAAGAAAAUAAGGAGGAAAAACCUCUGUGGUUUCUUCAAUCCCUCUUUCUAAAUUCUUGAGAGAAAGGGGUAGAAGAAAAUAAAAAUAAAAAGAGAAAAAAAUAUAGUGAUGGAGAGCAUCCCAGGGUGGGAGGUGGUGUUUUUGUGUGGAAUUGCUACAUGGGUUGUUUUGUCUUCAAUUUUUAAUUUGACCCAAAAGAUUAGAUCUUUAACUCAAUAUUGGGUUUCUAGUUAUGUUGUUUCUGGCACCCCCAUUACUUUAAGGAUCCAGAAAUAUCAGCACAAAUAUUUGGAUGCCUUGUUUUCUGGUCUUUCUUGUGUUGUUUCUGUGCCUUUCUACACUGCUUUCCUUCCCUUGCUAUUCUGGAGUGGACAUUGCAAAUUGGCUAGACAAAUGACCCUUUUGAUGGCCUUCUGUGAUUAUGUUGGUAACUGCAUAAAGGAUGUGGUAUGUGCUCCUAGACCCAGUUCACCACCUGUUAGGAGAAUAACGGUGACCGAAGAUGAGAAAGAAAAUGCUCUGGAAUAUGGACUUCCUUCUUCACACACCCUCAACACUCUCUGCUUGUCAGGGUUCCUUCUUCAGUACAUCUUAUCCUACACACAAAAUGAAGAUGCCAUUAUUGGAUUAGCUGGAUUUGCAUUCGUUUGUUUGUUUGUUUUCUUGAUUGCAGUAGGAAGAAUAUACCUGGGAAUGCACAGCUUGAUUGAUAUUAUUGGAGGUCUAGCUUUCGGAUUGGCAAUCCUUGCAUUCUGGCUCUCUGUUCACAAAUACAUUGAUGAUUUCGUAGUCUCGGGGCAAAAUGUUUCCUCCUUCUGGGCUGUGCUUAGCUUCUUAUUGCUCUUUGCUUACCCAACACCGGAGAUGACAACUCCAAGUUUUGAGUUCCAUACAGCCUUCAAUGGUGUGGCAUUGGGAAUUGUAAUUGGCGUCCAGCAGACAUAUCAUCAGUUCCAUCAUGAGAGUGUUCCUCGUGUCUUCACUCCCCAUCUUUCCGUUCCUGCAUUUUUGGGAAGAAUGCUAGUAGGAUAUCCAACGAUACUCCUUGUGAAGUUCUGUAGCAAGGCUCUUGCCAAAUGGAUGCUUCCCAUACUUGCCAGUGCGUUGGGUAUCCCAGUGAGAUCAACCAGCUACGUCCCAUCACUAAGCUUUUCACCUUCCGCUAAAAAGUCAGAUGAAAUAAAGCAAGCAGGUUAUAUUCAAAAGCUAUUCUUUUUCUCCCGUCAGGACUCGUUUGACGUGGAUACUGGUAUAAGGCUCCUUCAGUACACUGGUCUUGCAUGGUCUGUGGUGGAUCUUGUGCCUUCUCUAUUCUCUCACCUAAGCCUAUGAUGCUUGGUAUAUCAUGUAUAAUAGAACAUAUUGUUUCUGUUGAUAUGUAGGAAUACGUUCUUAGCUCACCAUAUUGAACUCUUGUAUGACAAUUUUGAACCUGUGUAAUAUAUCAUUACUAAUGAAAAUGAGGUAUAUUCUGCGGGUUCUGAAAGCAAUACUAGCUGCUUUGCUUGUCUCA